AUGUCAGAGGUGUCGGAGGUGUCGGAGCUGCCGUGGCUGGCUCGAUUGAUUAACCAUGUUCUCACGCCAGGGUCUGCCCUCUCUCCAGCGGUGUGGAUCACGUUUAACGUUGUAAUGGCUGCACUCUUUCUGUGCUGGCUGUCGUUGGUCUUCGCCAUGCCGGAUAACGUUCACGUAUGGGCGUUUGGCUUCCUUGGGGCCGGCUUGGCAUUUUCGACAAACUGGCUAUUUAAAGAGGUUUUUAGCAGUGAACCGGCGGAGGAGGCGAAGAGCUCGGAAUCCGCGCCCAUCGCGGCGGAAUCACAUGAAAAGAAGAAGGAUUAA